AUGUCCUGCACGCCUACCGCGAACACCCUGUUCACUUCAACCAAGCUUGGCCUAUUCCGGCUUCAACAUCAAAUCGUCAUUAGUCCUCCAUCACAUACAUCGAUGGUAUCAGUGGAAGAAUUCUAUCGAACUUGUACGACUGAAGGAGGACUGGUCAUCGUACCAUAUGACACUAAUGCUUCCAUCCAAAGAAAUAUUGCAGAAAUCAUUCAUACCGCGAAAGGCAUAGCAUUCUGUCUAGUGGACGUGCCCAGCUCUCCAGCUGAGAGCUUUGUUGAAAGAAUACAAAGCUGCAUUACUGACGCAAUUUCUUGUGGUUACGAUGGAAUUGAAUUAGAUGUCUCUCAAGGAUCUGCUUUGCAAGGCAUUUUGUUCAACAGCACUAAAGUCGUCAGUGAAGUGUCGAACAUCCUUCAAGCUCUCACAACACUCAUUACGGAUGAACGACUCGGCCUUCGCUUUUCUCCGUUUUCCUUCAUGGACGGCGCCCACACGACCAACUUCCUCCAGCUGUACAUUGGUAUCAUCGAAUACCUUAAACACAUUCAUCCCUCACUCGCAUUUGUGCAUUUCCUUGGAAGCACCUCAUUCGAAGACUUUGAAUAUUCACAGAACAAAUCUUUGGAUGUCUUUCGGGCUGCGAUAGCAUUUCCUAUGUCAAUGGACUCUAUGGAUAGUGACGGCACAAGAUUCAUAUCCUCUGCUAGCUACUCUCCCGACGCAUUCAAGUUGGAGUCCACUCGUACCGGCGAAUUGAUUUCAUUCAGUCUCCCGUCAAUUGCCAACCCUGACAUAGUCUCCCUACUCCGUCAAGGUCUUCCGCUUCAGAAUCUCCCUCGGGUAACCCAACGUCUCUCCGAUAUUCUUACAUCGUUUAAGGAGGGGAAAGAGUACGUGUUCUACUGGGACUCGCUUCAGCGAGAACAGGUCUUGCAAGCGAUGCAGUGUCUUGGUCAGUACUUGGGUCAGUUUGAGCCCGCACUGUCAUACGAAGGCACCGAUAAACGGGUCGUUUGGCGAAAAUCGUGCUGGUUCGCAUCCGAAGGCAUCGCUGAUCCGCUUCUGGAUACAGAGCAUGAGAUUUCAAAGUUCGACGGUGAUCUGAAAGAUGGUCUUUCGGGUUUGGUGGCGCUGCGGAACUCUGAUGUCAGAGCUUCGUUGGAAUACCUCAAGCGUGUUCUCGAUAGCACUCUCGUUUCGUGCUGCCAUGCUAUCGGAUUAAGCAAGGACCUGAUUCAACGCUGCACUGUACGAUACCGAAUCAUCAAGUACGUUGCUCAUGCAGGAAACCCUGGGGGUAUCGGCCUUCACCCUGAUGGAAAUCUACUCUCAGCGCUCAUUACCGAUGGACCUGGGCUUGGUGUAUACGAUUUCGAUGGGACGUAUCGUGAGCCUGGAGUCGGAGGAACGAUCCUUAUGGGUGGUUCUACGUUGUAUAGGUGGUCCAAAGGAACAUAUUUGCCUACAUUCCAUGAUGUAAGUAUUGGGCAGGAGCAGAAGAAGACUUCCAUCGUUGCCUUCUUCAAUCUACCGGAUAUGGAGGACAUUCCACAAAGCGCCGGGCCAGAUACAGAGAAGAACAGUUUUUUCCAUGAUAUCAGAGUCAUAAAGGAGGAUGACAAGUCCCCCGCCGGAGAGUUGGCACCGCUUUGGAAAACAAUUAUUCAGAGACACAAUCUCAUUUUACCUUCGUAG